CACGUUUCAAUUUCCGCCCAUCUAAAGCCCGCCUUCUUUCUUCUGCACAUGCGCUGUUGCUCCGGGCACAUGCUUUCCCUUAACUAGCAAGCUGCAGUGAUACGCAUGCGCGCUCUCGGUGGUUUGUUGCGGCGGGCUGGGUUUAGUUAAGAGUCUGGGGCGUUGUGGAGCUGGGCCUCGAAAGGUUUAAUGCUUCUUCUCUCCCCUCCGGGCUUCGCCGUGCAGGAGGCUCCGGGCGGUGACAGAGGAGUGGACUACUUUGAUCAAAGGAUGAAAAGUACUUGUGCGAGUUGAAGAGCGGCAUCUCGGAGAGUUUACAUUACAACGAUAAAGCACUGCUGAUGAGAGAAGAUGCAUGAUGUUUAAAAUUACUAGCCAUCGCUGGAAAUGUUGUCCGCAACUCUGUAGGAGAGCAAUAUAAUAGAUUGGGGUGUGCAGUUAUAGGGCAGCAAGUCCAUAAUGUUGUUCUCCUUCAUUAGCCUGGAUUUAGUAACAUUAAUAUUCUAACUAAAUUCUGGAUGCAUGAUACGUGUGUACAACUACUCCAAAGGAUGGAACAAACUAAAAGUGACUUACAGACGGUUUGGAGGGAGAUGGAAGAUGAAAGAGUGGACUUUAUAUUUGAGCAGAUGCAAAACCUGUUGCUGUCUCUGAAACAAAAGAUCAAAGAUGGAAGUGCAACAAGCAAAGAGUGCUUCCAAGCUUGCAUGCUGUUGAAAGAGGCUAAUCUAAGUAAUCUUUUCACAUCAACAAAUGUAAACAAUGUGACUGAUGAAGAUACCAUGCAGAAAAGCGAAUCUAGAUUACAGCCUUCUGAAUCAAAUGGAAAUAGAACAGAUACAGAAGACAGUUCUCUCUUCCCUAAGACUGAGGCACAGAAAGUGGAGAGGAGCAUGAAGACACACCUACCUUUUUGUGCAGGGUUGAGUAGAAUUGUGAACAUGGAAGAGAAGGAAAAGUCAUGUUCAGAGAAUGAAGAGGCAGCUAAUGAAAUCGUGGAGUUACCUUUAACAUUGCCUUAUCAGAAUCACAAUUGCUCUAAUGCGUGUCUUUCCAAUAGACCACUGAACUCCUACAAGAGUGAAAACCCCCUUAAGAUACCAAUCCUGUGUCAGUUCCAAAGACGACAUGCAAAAGCAGACUGUCUUUCCAAGUCACAUGAUGUGAAUUAUAAAGCCCCCUGUGGGAAGAGUCUGAGAAAUUUUGAAGAGGUGCAGAAUUACCUGCUUGAAACAGAGUGUGACUUCUUAUCUGUUGAUUACUUUUCCUUCAACACAUAUGUACAGCUGGGCAGGAACACUGUAAACCAAGAACCACUUGUAUUUGAUUUUGAUAUCAGCAAUGGAGCUGAGGUGGUGCCCAUUUCCUUCUGCAAUGACAUUGACCGUACAAGAUUACCUUUCUUUAAAUACAGAAAGGCAUCAUGGCCACGUGGAUACUAUCUGAACAACUUUUCCAGCACGUUUGUUGAUUCAUGCGACUGUACAGAUGGCUGCACAGAUAGGUUAAAAUGUGCAUGCCUACAGCUGACUGCAAGAGGCUUUAGUGAAAGUUCCAUGUCGCCAAAUAAAGUACUUUGUGGAUAUAAGCAUAAAAGACUGGAGAUGCCCAUUACUAGUGGAAUUUACGAAUGUAACGUAUCAUGCAGGUGUAACCGAAUGUUGUGUCAGAACAGAGUAGUACAGCAUGGCAUCCAGGUUCGGUUACAAGUGUUUAACACAGAAAAGAAAGGCUGGGGAGUCCGCUGCCUUGAUGAUAUUGACAAAGGAACAUUUGUUUGCACUUACUCAGGCAGGCUGAUGAGCAGAGCUGAAUCUCAGGAAACAGGUGAUGCUAAUCAUGAGGAUAAUGAACAAGAUGCCGAGAGUGGCAGAAGUCACAGCUCACUUCCAAAGAAAAGAAGAGGGGAUGCUGCUUGUUCAGAUUCUGAGAUUGAGCUUGUGCAGACUGGUAAAGGUGCUCUUCAUGCGGAGUAUGAACCUUUGACUCAACCUUUAGAUGCUGAAAACAAACCACCUGAUCUUUUGCCAUCUCUGUACAGACUUCAGAAUAAUGGAUGUAAUCCAAAUAAUUUGAUCAACUCUGGUGUUAGAAGACCUAAAGCCAGAAUAGAUUUUCUCCACAAUCACCAGCCAGAACUGGGAGUUGAUACACUGGCACAUGAUGCCACCUCGGAUGAAGGUAGCUCUUUAUCCCAGCAGUCAACCAAAUUGAAACCAACCACUGGAACCAAGAGAAGAAAAGGAAAACUAAACCUGCGACAGGAGCUAGAGGAUCUGGAGGAGACCAUGCAGGUUGAAUCUGCUGUCAGCCUUGGUGCAAAGUGCAAAGAGAGGACAUCUCCACAGGAUCUUGCACAUGGUAAAUUGGUCACGCAAGGUGAUGCUUAUGCUGUGAAAAAGGACAGGGCUCUACUCCAUAAGAGUGAGUUCAAAGAAGAAAAAUGUAAGAGCUCCAAACAAGAUCCUUUUUGUCAUGAGACGCUUCUGAAGAAUUCUGAUCAAGAAAACAUUUAUUUGUUGGAUGCCACAAAAGAAGGAAAUGUGGGUCGAUUUCUUAAUCAUAGCUGCUGCCCAAAUCUCUUUGUGCAAAGUGUCUUUGUAGAGACUCACAACAAGAAUUUCCCCUGGGUGGCAUUCUUCACAAACAGGCACGUGAAAAGUGGAACUGAACUCACGUGGGAUUAUGGUUAUGAAGCUGGAAGCAUGCCAGAGACUGAGAUCCCCUGUCAGUGUGGCGUUCAGAAGUGCAGGAAAAAAAUUUUAUAGACAAAUCUUUCCUACUAUCAGCAUGUCCACAUAUAUGGGGAAAAUCACAUGCAAAAAAAUACAGGACACUAGCAGAAUUGCAUUUCUUCAGUGGACCUUCAUAGAAGCUUGUGCACUGGAUUGGUUUAGUCAUUAUUGGCUUAAGUAUGCUAGUGUUUACUUUCAGUUGUAGCAUAACAAAGAGUGGUCAUGAGCACAAGCAUGAAUUUUUCCCUAGGCUAUUUUUAUGCUUCGUGCUUUGUUUUCUAUUUCUUUUUUUAUGUUAAAAAAUAGAAGAACACUUUGUUUGCACGUCAGUUUUCCUUAAGUUACCUGGUGGCUAAGGAACCAUAAUAAUGUUUGUGAUGGAUGUACGUAGGCAAGCAGAACUAUCUUUUUUAAUACAGUUACUGUAUUUGCAAAAUACUUCAGAAAUACAGCCCUACACUUGCCUGCUGACACCUUGUGUCAAUUCCAAACCUCAAGUUCACCACAACUCAAACGUCUGAAAACCAGGGACCAAACAGUUAAGGUACAUGCCCAUACAACUUGAACUAUGCUGCUACCCCCUGGGGUACCAGUAACCAAGGGACAUGCCAGCUGUGUUCACUAUGUUAACUGUAGCUGUACUGAAUGUUGGAAGGAUUAAUCAGAGCAGUUGGGCAGACCUGUGAUUGUGAUAGGAGGCAGACUGGGACUUGCUCUUUUGGGCUAGAAGGGGUGUAUGUGUGACCCUUCUUCCUGAGCCAUUGUUGCAUGAUCAAAGGAAAGAAGAACUGCACCUUGAGAAAUCCAUUGUGUCUUUAGCUCUGCCUUUUACAGGCUACAUCACCAGUGGGGCACCAGAGCUGUCUUGCCACAGGAAUUGUUGUUAGUCAGGUGAGCAUGUGACCUGUGGGUGCAUUAAUGGAAAGUGAAAGUAGUAUUAGAAGGUGCUGUGAACAGACUGUAAAAUUUAGCAGACAUAGGUUGUCUGUGGAACAGGCUAGGUGCUUAACUCUGUGACAGGUGUAGGUUGCUCUUAUUUAGUACAGCACAAAAGGGAGUUGAGUAUGUAGUUUAUGGAUAAAUUGGGACAUUGUUCAAAGAAGGCAUAGUUAAGGUUGCAUAGGUGCGAACCUCAGCUCUUCAUAUCCUGAGUUUUUUUUUCUUUAGAAAUGUUAAGUUGUGUUGAACUUGUACCCUAAAUGAGCAUAAGAUAUCCUCAGGCAUCUUUAAAUAUGAAUUAACCAAGUGCUUUGUCAUAGAAUUUUGCUAAUUGAUUAAACAGGGGGGGAGAUGUUGCGAUUUAUUUAGGCAAUUGGAUUCAGUUACUACAGAGGUUUGAAGUAGAGCUGCUGUAGUGGCUAGGUAAAGGAUACUGUGUGCUGCUCCCACCCCACCCCCCACACACGCUUACAGUGGGAGGAGUGUGAUACCUAUGCUUUGAAAUGUCAGAACUGUGUAGUUGCCACAAGUCUGGUGAGAGACAAGUGUAGAAUCAUAGAAAAUUAGGGUUGGAAGGGACCUCAGGAGGUUAUCUAGUCUAACCCCCUGCUCAAAGCAGGACCAUCCCUAACAAUAUCCCAGCUAAGGCUUUGUCUAGCCAAGUCUUAAAAAUCUCCAAGUGGGGAGAGUCCACAACCUCUCUGAAUAAUCUGUUCAGUGCUUUACUAACCUCCUAGUGAAAACAUUUGUCUUCAUAUCUAACCAAAACUUCCUUUGCUGCAACAUGAGACUAUUGCUCCUUGUUCUAUCAUCUGUCACCACUGAAAACAGUUUAACUCCAUCCUCUUCCAAAACCCACUUCAGGUAGUUGAAAACUGCUAUUAAAUCCCCACUCAGUCUUCUCUAGUCCAGACUAAAUAAGCCUAGUUCCUGCUAUCUUUCCUCAUAAAUCAUGUGUCCCAGCCCCUUAAUCAUUUUCGUUGCCCUCUGCUGGACUCUCUCCAAUUUGUCUACAUCCUUCUUGUAGCGGAGGGCUCAAAACUGGACACAGAUGCAGUCUCACCAGUGCCGGAUAGAGAGUAAGAAUCACUUCAUUCAAUUUGCCAGCAACGUUUGUACUAGUGCAGUCCAGUAUGCUGUUAGCCUUCUUUGCAACAAGGGCACACUGCUGGCUCAUAUUCAGCUUAUUGUCCACUGUAACCCUCAGGUCCUCUUCUGCAGAACUGCUGCUUAGCCAUUUGGUCCCCAGCCUGUACUAGGUGCAAGGGAUUGUUCCGUCCUAAGUGCUGGACUUUGCACUUGUCCUUAUGAUUGAGAUUUCUUUUGGUUCAUGUCUCGAGUAUGUCAAUGUCUCUCUAAAUCUUAACCCUCCCUCCAGUGUAUUUACUGCUCCCUCCAGCUUGGUGUCAUCUGCAAACUUGCUGAUGAAGACUUUAAACAAAACAGGCCCCAGGACAAACCCCUAGGGUACUCCACUUAAUACCAUGUGCUAAAUAGACAUUGAGCUAUUGAUCACUACUCUUUGAGCCCAACUAUCCAGCCAGUUUUUUUAUCCACCGUUCAGUCCAUUUAUCCAACCUGUAUUUCUGUAGCUUGCUUGUGAGACUGUUGUAGGAAACUAUAUACCUUGAGUUCAGCAGGGCUUUUGAUAUUGCAUCCACUGCUCUACCCACAUCCAUAGAGCCAGUCAUUUAAUCACAGAAGGCAAUCAGGUUGGUCAUGCCUUGCCCUUGGUGAAUCCAUGCCGACUGUUCCUAAUCACCACCUUCUCCUCCAAGUGCUUAGAAAUAGAUUCCUUGAGGACCUGCUUCAUUAUUUUUCCAAGGACUGAGGUGAGGCUGACUGGUCUGUAGUACCCCUCCUUCACUUUUGUAAAGAUGGGCACUAUAGUUGCCCUCUUCCAGUUGUCCAGGACCACUCCCAGUUGCCAUGAGCUUUCCAAGAUAAUGGCCAGCGUCUCUGCUGUCACAUCAGCCAACUCUCCCAGCACCCUUGGGGGAAUUGUGUACAGCCCCAUGGACUUGUACACGUCCAGAUUUUCUAAACAGUCCCUGUGGCAGUGCACCUUUGGUGCCUGCAAUUUGAACAGCAGAAGAUAGGCAGCAGCCAGGUGCUUGAUGAGGGCAUCCAUUUUGGCCCAGUGAUGGAAGCUGGGCUGUAGUUUGCUGCAGGAAGGACGGAAGUAACAUCAGGCUGAGAGGCUGCUCGGGGAAUAUCGGGAGGUAAGAGCAGGAGUGUGGGGUGUAGGUGACCCUUUGUCCUGGGUAAGACAUAAAACUGCACCCUGCUGGAGGAGGGUGGUGUGAGAGCCCUCAGGAAAUGCCAGGCCAGUUACCUCCCCAGUCAAAGGCGGGUCAGGGCACCUUAAUAACCCCAGAUCCCUGGUGGUGUUCUAAUGAGCAGGGGGAGCCCAGGCUCAUUAAGGAGCACCCAAGGCAGCUCAGGUUGGAGGAGGGACUUGGAGCCGUGCCCAGGUAGCAGGGUAAAGCCUGGGGGCGACGAUUAGCGAGGCCCUGAGUGAGAGGGGUGACUAUUAGGGAGGCCCAGUGGAGGUAUUGUGUCCUGGCAAGGGGCCAGGAGUGAAAUAGGCCUACGGUUAUAGAAUCGCUUAGUCAGUGCUCAGGUGAGGGUAGUGGGAGACACCCAACAGACUGAGCUGGGGCUGACUGAGGCGAGGAGAGCUAAGCCUGAAGCUGGGUGAGGCCAGGCAAGAUGAAUGUGGCCCUGAGAGGGUGGUAUGGAAGAGGGUGGGUGAGAGCCAGCAGUGUAAAUGGGACCCUGGUGAGAGGGGGGUGGCAUGUGAGUGGUCCUCCGGGGCUGUAGAGAAGAGCUACAACUGUGUGCCCAGUUUGCUCUGGCUAUAGAAGUAACACACACAGAGUAACAUCUGCGAGGCAUGGGACCCAUGGAGGGGAGGUCGGAGCCGGUAUUAGGCCCUUGGCAGCAGGGCAAGUAAUGGGCAGCCUUCCGCCUUAGUAACAACUCUCAUAUUUUCCAUCAAGGCAUGGCAGGAGAGUGAAGUGGGCAGUUACCUCUGGAGCAGGGGGGCCGGCAGAGACCUGAUGAGGAGGCCAUCCUGUUAUAGUCCCUAACCUGUUCUUUCACCACUGUUGUCUGCUCACCUCCUUUCCAAACUGUGCUGCCAGGUGCAAUAGUCUGGGAGCUGACCUUGCCUGUGAAGACUGAGGUAAAAAAGGCAUUGAGUGCUUCAACCUUUUCUGCAUCAUCUGUCACUAGUUUGCCUCCCCCAUUCAGUAAGGGACCCACAUUUUCCCUGAUCUUCCUGUUGUUACAUACUUGUAGAAAUCCUUCUUGGUACCCUUCACGUUCCUUGCUAGCUGCAACUCUAGUUGUGCUUUGUCUUUCUUUAUUUCAUUUCCCUGUGCCAGAGCUUUACUUUUAUACUCCACCCUACUGGUCUGUCCAAGUUUGAGCUUUUUGUAAGCUUCCUUUUUGUGUUUUAGCUCACUGAAGGGUUCCCUGUUAAGCCUAAGUCAAAUUGGUCUUCUGCAGUUUUUGCUAGUCUUCCAGAACAUCAAGAUGGUUCAUCCCUGUGCCUUCAGUAAGGUCUCUUUAAAAUGCAACCAGCUCUCUGGGACUUCAUUUCCUCUCAGGCUGGCCUCCCAGGGGAUCCUGCCCAUCAGUUCCCUGAGUGUAUCAGUCUGCUUUUCUGAAGUCCAAGGUCUGUACUCUGCUGCUCUCUUUCCUUCCUUUCUUCAGGAUCCUAAACUCAAUCAUUGCAUGGUCACUACUGCUAUUCACUUCUAUAUUCCCCACCAAUUCUUCCCUGUUUGAGCAGCAGGUCAAGAAGAGCAUGGCCUCUAGUUGGUCUCUCCAACACUUGCACUAGGAAGUUGUCCUCAACACUCUCCAAAAAUUUCCUGGAUUGCCUGAGCACCGCUGUAUUGCGCUCCCAGCAAGUGUCAGGGUGACUUGAAGAUCCCCAUAAGAACCAGGGCCUCUGAUCAAGAAACUACUGCUAGCAGUUUGAAGAAAGCCUCAUCCUCUUGGUGGGUGUCUGCCACAUACCACCAGAUCAUGAUGUAACCUUUGCUCUCCCCUCUAACCCUAACCCAGAGACUUUCAACAGUCCUGUCUCCAGUUUCAUACUGGAGCUCUGAACAAUCAUUUAGCUCUUUUAUGUAAAGUACAACUCUUCUUCCUCUUCUCUCCUGCCUGUCCUUUGUGAAGAGUUUAUACCCAUCCAUGACAGGACUUCAGUCAUGUGAGCUAUCCCACCAAGUCUAACAUUGACUGUGUCCCCAAGUCUGAACAGUUUUAUUACACUGUGGUUACAGCAGUUUUAAGCACCUGAGAAUCUGGUGCAUGCCUCUUCUUCUCUAACCUCCUCCAUUAAUAUCCCUCCAAGCAUGACACAAGGCACAGGCAGCCUUUGUGUGUGGCACGCAGCAGAUUGGAGAAGGGACAGGCAGCACAGUGUCAGAGAGAGCAGAAAAGAGUAGCAGAUUGUGCAGGAGAAGGAAAUCGAAGUGGCACUCAGGGAGAGUGUGGGGCUAAUACGUGGCAUGCUAGCUGAAAAGGUUGCUUCCACUGCACUGUCACAAGAGUUUCCCCCCCACUACCUAACACCAUUUCCAGCUCAUAAUCUGCUUGAUAUCUUUCUGUUAAGCCAUUCUAGAAGCCAGUUAGUAUAUUAAAUGUAGUCCCUUGCUGUCUGGCACCCAGGAUGGUUAUUUACACAGUGCAGUCAGCAGCGUGGGUUGCUUGGGUGGUUACAUGCUUCCUUAAUCCUGUAGCUCAAGCUGUAUUUUGAACUAGGCCAUGUACCUCAACUGUGUUCUACUUGCCUUUGCUUCAGUGAGGCCUCCUUAGACAUGCUUCUGGGCUGGUAGUUGGCCAUGCCUCUGUCUUGCAGGGUCACCCCAGCUACCGACACAUUGGGGCAAGAGGGGUCCCUACAGAACCCAGCACUUAAAUAGUGUGAUGGAUUAUGUUUCAUUGUAAUAGUUUUGUGUUGUCUGUGUUCAUAUUGUUAUAAUGUUCCAUGAUUUGGUUUACCUCAUUUGUCUGUACACAGAGCAGUGGUUCGCAAAUUUUUUGGAGCCAAAGCACUCUUUCACCACUUCUGAAAUGCAGGGGUUCCCUGGUUGAGAAGCACUGUUGGUGCUGCCUCAACUUACCUCAGUGCUUUACAACUAGGUGUUACUGCCUCCAGAUGAAAUUGCCCUGUGCCUGCUGUACAGCCAGCCCAGGAAGGGCCAUGGCACAUGUCCAUGCUACUGCUGCAUUAGGGCUUUGAUCAGCCUAAAUAGGCAGAGGCUUCCUCAUUGUAGCCCUUCCUAGGCAGAAAAUCUCUAGCUGGUUGGUCUUUGCGCCAAUAAAUGCCUUUAUUGAAGCAAAGCUGUCAGCUUGCUGUUUGAAAAGUCAGGUUGUGCUGGAUCUUCCCAGCAAGAGAUAAAGUCUCUCUCUGUCGCAGAACUAGAUGCUAGUUUCUUAAGUCAGGAUCACAAAGCACCAGAGAAGGUGCAAGACCAAAAGGCCAUGGUCAUAGAGUGGAAAGUGGCUUGUGUUCCCCCUGUGCUCUAGAAUUUGAGGGACACUCGGAGACCAGACAAAGCUGUGGUGGUCUGGAGCAGACACCCCUGGAGGGCACUUCAUGAUACAUGGAAGAGGAAAAUGCAGGUUAAUAGGUGCUGCAGCCCCUAAUCCUCAGGAUUCAACACGUCAGUCUACUUCCACGUCACCCCCUCCUUGUAUUCCACACUGCCUGUUAUUGGAGCCUUGCCACCUGUCCUUAGUUGGCCCCACCAUAAUCCCCCGUCCCUCCUCUGCCACUUAUCCCAGUAUUCAUAACACCAAGUUAUGGGGAAGCAUGAUCACGCUUGAAGUUAGGCUGCAGAUACAGGUGGACCUAGACAGGCUAGCAAGUUAGUCAGGUCAGAACCAGAUGAGGUUUAACAUUGCGAAAUAUUAAGUGCUCCACCUGGGAAUAAACAAUCCCCUACACACCUACAGGCUUCGCAGUGUCAAUGUGACCAGCACUACAAAUGAAAGAGACCUGGGGGUAAUAAUUGACCACAGUAUGAACAUGAGCUAGCAGUGUGACACUGCAGCCAGGAGGGCAAAUAAUACUCUGGCAUGCAUCAAUCGAUGCAUCUCCAGCAAAACCAAGGAAGUAAUUCUUCUGUUCUACUUGGCAUUGGUGAGACCGUAGAUGGAGUACUGUGUCCAGUUCUGGGUGCUGCACUUCAACAAGGAUGUGGGAAACCUUGAGAGAGUCCAGAGAAAGGCCACCUGUAUGAUCAGAGACUUGCACGGCAUGCCAUAUGAGGCUGAGGGACCUGGGACUCUUCAGCAUGAAGAGAAGGCUGAGAGGGGACUUGGUAGUAGCUCACCGCUACAUCUGGGGCAUACAUCAGGGGCAUACAUCAAGGGCUCGAGCAACUGUUCACCAGGGCACCCUUAGGGAAAACCAGGAGCAAUGGUCACAAACUCCUGGAAGACCAUUUCAGGCUCAACAUUAGGAAAAACUUCUUCACAGGUUGGGUGUCCACUGUGGAAUAAGCUCCCUCCAGAGGUGGUGCAAUCGCCUACCCUGGAAAUCUUCAAGAGGAGACUGGACGGUCACCUUGCUGGGGUCACUUGUCCCCAGUUGUCUUUCCUGCUCGGUGCAGGGGGGCUGGACCUGAUGAUCUUCCGAGGUCCACUGCAGCCUAAAUUCAAUUAAUCUACUCCAAACCCUUUCCCUCCAGUUUUCUCACCCUUUGCUUCUUACCUCCCAGCCAGUGUUUAUAUGUGUAAUUAAUUUUCUUUUAUUAAUAGUUGGAGUACUUUCCAGAUCUUCUGUGCUUGGAUUACAUUUCCCCUCUCCCCCAACAGAGUCAGAUAGCUAAAUAUUUUCCAACCCCUCCUUCACCAUCUGAAGCCAAAGUACAUUUCAGCUUAUGCUUACUUGUGUAUAAGUUAGCUCCAUGCCACAUGGCUGCUGUGGAAACUGGAAGGCUAGCAGCUCUUGUCUACUUGGCUCACAAGCAUUUGGCUUGUGUUUGUGCUGAGAAGCAGCUCCAUUAAAUACUGUUUUCCAUUUUGCCUUUCCAAAGGGAUGUGGGGAAACAUGCACUACAUGAGGCAAUGGUCAAAGUGCUGAAACUUAUUUUGGGCAUGAAGUUAUGAUUUGCUCCCAAAAUCUUAAUAAAAAGAAAAAUGCUA